AUGCUUCGCAGGACGUUGCUUUUGGGCUUGUGCCGGGGCCCCUUGGGCCGGGGUCUAGGCACACACAGAGGAGGCUCUAUUCUGGACCGAGAUGGAAAGAUGUCCGAGAUCAAGAAGAAGAUCCAGUCAAUCCUUCCCGGCGGGGACUGGAAUCCACUGUACGACACAAGCUACCUGCCCCCUGAGAGCUCGGAUGUGGUGAUUGUGGGGGGUGGGGUGCUUGGCCUGUCCGUGGCCUAUUGGCUGAAGAAGUUGGAGAAGCCACGAGGUGCCAUUCGAGUGCUGGUGGUGGAACGGGACCACACGUAUUCCCGGGCCUCCACUGUGCUUUCCGUGGGCGGGAUCCGUCAGCAGUUCUCGGUGCCUGAGAACGUCCAGCUUUCCCUCUUUUCAAUUGACUUUCUACGGAACAUCAAUGAGUACCUGGCUGUAGCUGAUGACCCUCCCCUGGACAUCCAGUUCAACCCAUCAGGUUAUCUCUUGCUGGCUUCAGAAAAGGGUGCUGCCAUCAUGGAGAACAACGUGAAGGUGCAGAGGCAGGAAGGAGCCAAAGUUUGCCUGAUGUCUCCUGAGCAGCUUCGGAACAAGUUUCCCUGGAUAAACACAGAGGGCGUGGCUUUGGCAUCUUAUGGGAUGGAGCACGAAGGUUGGUUUGACCCCUGGUGUCUGCUCCAGGGGCUUCGGCGAAAGGUCCAGUCCAUGGGGGUCCUCUUCUGCCGCGGAGAGGUGACACGUUUCGUGUCUUCGUCUAACCUCAUGAAGACUGCAAGUGGGGAAGAAGUGAAUUUGAAAAGGAUCCACGAAGUUCAUGUGAAGAUAGACCAAAGCCUGGAGUACCAGCCCGUGGAAUGUGCCAUAGUGGUCAACGCAGCAGGGGCCUGGUCUGGCCAGGUUGCAGAGCUGGCUGGCAUUGGGAACGGGCCACCUGGCACCCUCCAGGGCACCAAGCUACCUGUGGAGCUGAGAAAAAGGUACGUGUACUUGUGGCACUGCCCCCAGGGACCAGGCCUGGAGACCCCGUUCGUUAUAGACCCCAGUGGAACCUAUUUCCGCCGAGAAGGAUUAGGCCAUAACUACCUGGGUGGCUGUAGCCCCACUGAGGAGGAGGAACCGGAUCCAGGGAACCUGGAGGUGGACCAUGAUUUCUUCCAGGACAGGGUGUGGCCCCCUUUGGCCCAGAGGGUACCGGCUUUUGAAACUCUGAAGGUUCGGAGCGCUUGGGCCGGCUAUUACGACUACAACACCUUUGACCAGAAUGGCGUGGUGGGUCCUCACCCACUGGUCAUCAACAUGUAUUUUGCCACGGGCUUCAGCGGCCACGGGCUCCAGCAGGCCCCUGCCGUGGGGCGAGCUGUGGCGGAGAUGGUGCUGGAGGGCCACUUCCAGACCAUCAACCUGAGCUCCUUCCUCUUCAGCCGCUUUUACUCGGGAGAGAAGGUCCAGGAGCACAACAUCAUCUGA